AUAAAUCCCCUCUCCAGUAUAAAUAGCAGCAUUGGGGACGCACAAGCCACACUCAGGAGGAGGAGGAGGAGCAGCAGCAGCAGCAGGAGGCAGCGAAACUGGUUGAGAGACGCAGCCGAAGAUGAGAUCCGCUGUGAUCCUCGCCCUGGUGUUCCUCACAGGGACUCAGGCUCGCUACUUCUGGCAGCAUGACGACCCGCAGACACCCCUGGAUCAGUUCAGGGACAUGGUCCAGGUCUACCUGGAGACCGUCAAGGCCAGUGGCAAGGAAGCCGUUGCCCAGUUUGAGGCCUCUGCAGUUGGCAAACAGCUUGACCUGAAGCUGGCUGACAACCUGGACUCCCUGACGGUGGCGGCACAGAAACUGCAGGAGGACCUGGCUCCCGUCUAUAAGGAGACCUUGGGGCUGUGGAUGAAGGACACCGAGGCCCUGAAGCAGGAGCUGACCAAGGAGAUGGAGGCGGUGAAACAGAAGAUCCAGCCCUUCCUGGAGCAGUUCUACAAGAAGUGGACAGAGGAGCUGGAGACCUAUCGCACGAAGCUGGCGCCCAUCGGUGAGGAGCUGAAGGAGAUAACCAAGAAGAACGUGGAGGUCCUGCAGCAGAAGCUGACCCCUGUGGCUGAGGAGGCCCGGGACCGGCUGCGUGGGCAUGUGGAUGAGCUGCGCAAGAACCUGACCCCCUACAGUGACGAGCUGCGCCAGAAGCUGACCCAGAAGCUGCAGGAGAUUCGGGAGAAGGGCAUCCCCCAGGCUGCCGAGUACCAGGCCAAGGUGAUCCAGCACCUCACCGCCUUCCGAGAGAAGGUCACGCCCCUCAUGCAGGAUUUCAAGGAGCGCCUGACCCCCUAUGCCGAGAACCUCAAGACCCGCUUCCUGAACCUGCUGGACACCCUCCGAAAGAAUGUGGCCAAGGCCAAGUAGUGGCCCCAGGCCAGGGACUGACACCCCCUCCCCUAGCCACAAUGAGCCCCCAAUUGAUCAGCCACUGCCCUGCGUUCCACUGCUGCUAGUGUGCAUCCGGGUGAUCGCACCAGGUGUGCUCACCUCCCUCCUUCCCCCAGCGCCUCUGCCCUUUGUGGCUGUCACUUACUGAUCAAUCACUGUAGAACGAGGGUCCCUCUGCUGGGGGGCAGGGGCUGGGGUGGAAACCAGCACACGCUUCACAGCACAGGGCAAAGGCCAGUCCGCUGGGACCAUCCUGCCCAGAGCUGCUCUCCCUGUUCCAGGCUCGGGGCUCCCACCUGCCCAACCUCCCCCCCAAACUCUUCGUUCUUGUUUCUUUGUUUUGUCAAAUAAAAGUGAUUUAAGUUA